AUGGUAGUACAGGAGAAAAAAUCUAAUCUCCCUCCAAAAGGAUUAAAGAAUAAGGGAAAUACUUGUUUCUUCAAUUCUGCAAUGCAAUGUAUUUUGUCCAUUAGUGAGCUUAAUGCCUUCUAUCGAGAUACCCUCUUGCCAAAGGAGAAGGUGAUAUCUAAUGCACUCAAGCAAUUUAUAUCUGGGUAUGAAAAUUCACCACAGUCCUAUGACCCAAGGAACCUUAUUAGUGUCCUCAGCACAAAGAUGAAGCUAUUCAACGGGAUGCAGCAGGACUCCCACGAGUUCCUUAUUCAGUUUAUCGACUUGCUGUAUACAGAGUUUGAUUGGAAUAAAGACAUGUUUACAUCAAUGGAUGAAUUUGAGGAAGCUCGAAGGAAAAAUCUGAUUGCAAAGACCUUACUUUCAAUGGAUAGGCAGGUAUUAAUAUGUGAGAGAUGUAAACACUCUUCUACAACAAUUGUUAUAAACAGCACAAUUCUUAUUGAGCCUUAUACAUCUGUUCAGGAAGGAAUAGAUCGAUAUUAUGAGGAGGUGAUACUUGAAAAAGAGAAUGGCUGGAAGUGUGAUAGAUGCGGAAAAGGUAUGGGCGCCAUAAAGAGGAUGGAAAAUCUUAUACAUCCAGAAGUUCUGACAGUCCAUAUAUCAAGAUUCCAUCCACGAGGAUCGAAGGAUACAGCAAGUGUUGACGUCAACACCACCUUAUUCUUUAACAAUAGAAAGUAUAAUCUCUUUGGCGUUGUCUGCCAUACUGGAACCCUGAGUGGAGGGCAUUACUUUGCAGAGGCCAAAAGAUCGGGGACAUGGAAUGUGUACAAUGAUGAGCAGGUGACAAAAGGUUUCCAAACCUACAGCGGAUCGCAUCCUUACUUGGCUUUCUACACCAUUUGGUAG